ACAGGUUUAUAUACAACGACCAUACAACGACCUUUUGACAGAUAAUAGUUAAGAAACUGUAUUAUUAUUUGUCUUUGACGUGAAUUUGAUAAAUACAUAAUAGUAAAUAGUGUUUUUUAGAUUGUGUUGAAUAUUAAACUGUUUAUUUUUUAACAUAAUGUGCUUUCUAUUGAUAUAAAGACUGUGUUAAAUCUCAAUAAAAAAUGGAUCAUUUAGCUCAAGAUUUGUCAAUUGCUCUAGAAGAAACAGAAAGUUGUGGAUCCCUUAACAUUAUUAAUGUUGGGAAAUGGGGCAUGAGACGAAGGACCAGAUCUGCAGGAAAUCUACAUUUGUACACAAAUAAAGCUGGUGAGAAUCGUUCUGAUGAUAGUUCCAGCAGUAAUUCAGAGAUUAGAAGCGAAAAACAUCGUAGUAAGUUGGUCAGUUUCCACCAGUCUGACUCUGACGAUAUGACGUUUAGCAUGACGGUAGAUAAAACAUUUAAUCAGAGAACUUUACGAAUGAGACACCCAAUGUACAACUUUCUAAAAGGUGUAAGCCAUUGUCUAGAAAGUGACUCUGUUAAUGAACAUUCUCCAGCAAGACCCAAUAUAAGAAGGAAACGAAAGUUUAAGAGGAUGAGCAUAGACGAAGCGCCUAUGCCACCAUGCGGAAAGAGAAAGAGACCACAAAGAUUGGAAAUUGUUGACAAUGGAAAAUCUCUUAGACACAGUACAAAAAUUAAACCACUUCACCAGAGCUUAGUUGACAAGAUAGAAAAGUUCUGUUACCAACCCAACCUUCUGACCAAUUCCAUGGAAAUACAAAGUUAUGAUGAAAAUUGUGAAAUAGCCAGCGAAAGUAGUAUCAGCUGGAGUGGGGGAGAGGGCCACGAAGGCGAUGAUGAGCUUACAGAUUGGGCUCCAUCUAUGGAGAGUUCUUCAGCAAUGGAACCACCUUUUAAUGACUCUGAUCCACGAGAGAUAAGAGCAGGUUGCAGAAGAUUAAGGGAAGAACGACCUGGAUUCAGCAUAAACACGAGUGCCAAUGAAAGAGUAUCAAAAUUUCUACAAGACACUUCCAAAUCAGAACUGAGACUGUACGGAGCUGAGAGAGACAAGUUAGGCCAAUUGGCCGCUUUAUAUUCUCUCGAGUUAUGGGUGGAGUCGCCGAAUUCGACGUUGUUGCGAAAAACGAACCGAACGCCCUCUAUGCAGCCGACGCAAAGACAUCAUUCUGGACUGUCGGCGGUGCACAAGAAGAUCCGCACCCAAAGCCAUCAUAUGAUCUCUUAGUUAGUGUAAAUAGGCGUUGAAUGUGAUAUUGACGAUUUAAUUGCUUCACUGAUGUUUUGCCUAUUUGGAAUUAAGGAUGCAGUCUGGCCAGAUUAUCGGAGAAUAGGCCAUUUUUGGGAAAAGUUAUUUACCAGCAAUUUUAUUGCUGGAAUCGAACCUUAUGAUUGUAUAUAUUAAUAAUAUAGGUAUGCAAAAUCCGCAGAUAGUGUGCUACUUUUUUUAUAAACAAAAUGGCGCCCGAAAAUCGUGUUUUUUUUUUAAUUUUUGCUCUAUAACUCCAAAGAUUUUAACUUUACACCAAAAACACCAAAAUAAAAAUUCACCGUAAUUAAAUUCUGCAUAGAGACUUGUUAUUCCCGAUUUACUUUGACGAAAAUUAUUCCCGGAAAAUGCCGGAUUUUCCAACAAAAUCUUUAAUUUUCAACUAAAAUUUUAGAUAAGUAAUUGUUUAUCAAUAAUUAAAUAACUUAGUAGCAUAAAAGCUCUUUUCGUAUAGAUUAUAAUUCCAGAAGCCGAUGGAAACUUAAUGAACAGUUUAGCAACAAUUCAAUUGUUAAUUAAAAAUUUACGGUCGCUAUAAUAACCACAAUAAUUAUGAUACAUAAGAAUAACUAUGAUUUUUGUAUAAAAAGACACUGUACCUAUCUAAUGUACUUUACAGAAUUGAAAUUGGACUAUUUAACCGGCCUCAGGAAUAUUUUAAAAUUAUAAACAAUUUUUUGGCUUAUAAACAAAUAGAAUAUCUCGGGAAAUAUUAAAUUAAAUCAUGAAAACGGUGUUGGAAAAAAAGCGGCAGGACGCUUCUUUUAAGAGAAAAAACAUUUAAUUGUGAUAAGUGGUUCCUGAGAUACAGCCGGCCAAAUUUGACCGGCAUUUACGGCCAAGAUAUAAACAAUAGGAUCAUAAUUUUCAAACCAUCGCCUUUUUAUUUUUAUCCUAUUUCUUCACACCAAUUUUCAUAUCUUUAAAAUAAUCAUAAUAUAAUAUAUUAGUAUAAUAAAAGCUAUCGAUAUAACAAGUGAAAAUUGCCAAAAAUAGCAAAAUUCCAAUCAAAAAUUAGGUUGGAGAAAAUGUAAUCUCAAAGUUUAAAAUCGGUAUACGUUAAAAAAAUGCAUUUUCGCGGCUUCCCAUGGAGCAAUUUCAUUAUUUUUUUGUUUCCAAAUAACUCGAGAAGAGCUAUCUAACUAACGCAUUAUUAAAUGCCAAAGUUGCUUUUGUUUUGUUAUAAUAAAUUAAUUUGUUUAAAUAAAUAUUGUUUAAAUAAUUAUACAGCUUUCAAAUGAGAAUAUUUGUGUUUUUAACGAUAAAAGGUGCACUUGUAGUAAGUUUAUCUAAAAAAAGUCUACAACUGGAAAAAAUAUGUAGUUUUCUUUCUCUUAUAAAUAAAUUAAUCUAUUAUAACAAAACAAAAUCAAAGUUUGACAUUUAGUAAUGCGUUAGUUAGAUGGCUAUACUCGAGUUACUUGGGAGCAAAAAAAGAAUAAAGAAAAUUGCUCCAAGGGAAGCCGAGAAAAUGCAUUUAUUUUUAACGUAUACCGAUUUUGAACUUUGAGAUUACAUUUUCUCCAACCUGAUUUUUGAUUAGAAUUUUGCUAUUUUUGGCAAUUUUCACCGUAAUAUCGAUAGUUUUUAUUAUAAUAAUAUAUGUUAUGAUUAUUUUAAAGAUAUGUAAAUUGGUGUGAAAAAAGAGGAUAAAAAUAAAAAGGUGAUGGUUCGAAAAUUAUGAUCCUAUUGUUUAUAUCUUUGCCGUAAUUGCCGGUCAAAUUCAACCGGUUGUAUCUCAGGAACCACUCAUCAUAAUUAAACGUUUUUUUCUUUUAAAAGAGGGGUCCUGCCGCUUUUUUUUCCAAUACCGUUUUCAUGAUUUAAUUUAAUUUAAUAUUUCCCGAGAUAUUCUAUUUGUUUAUAAGCCAAAAAAUUGUUUAUAAUUUUAAAAUAUUUCCGAGGCCGCUUAAAUAGUCCAAUUUCAAUUCUGUAAAGUACAUUAGAUAGGUACAGUGGAUUUUUAUACAAAAAUCAUAGUUAUUCUUAUGUAUGUAUCACAAUUAUUGUAAAUUUUUAAUCAACAAUUUAAUUGUUGCUAAACUGUUCAUUCAAUUUCCAUCGGCUUCUGGAAUUAUAAUAUAUACAAAAAGACCUUUUAUACUACUAAGUUAUUUAAUUAUUGAUAAACAAUUACUUAUCUAAAAUUUUAUUUGAAAAUUAAAGAUUUUGUUGGAAAAAUCUGCAUUUUUCGGGGAAAAUUUUUGUCAAAGUAAAUCGGGGGGAACAAGUCUUUAUGCAGAAUUUAAUUACGGUGAACUUUUAUUUGGGUGUUUUUGGUGUACAGUGAAAAUAUUUGGAGUUAUAGAGCAAAAAUUGAAAAAAACACAAUUUUCGGGCGCGAUUUUGUUUAUAAAAAAAGUAGCACACUGUCUGCGGACCUUGCAUACCUAUAUUAUUAAUAUAUACAAUCAUAGGAUUCGAUUCCAUCAAUAAAAUUGCUGGUAAAUAACUUUUCCUUGUAUUUUGCUAAUUAGCCCAGAGUAAUGCACGUUUUAUUUUUACUGAACGGAUCCUGUAUUAUAUUGUUUCUCCUUUUUUUAACAAAUGACCCAUUUUCACUGUUUUUAAUACGCUAAAUGUAAGAGUUUCUGGUAGUCGAUAAUGAAGAGAUGAAAUGAUUACUGGACGCUAGGACAAAUAAUACCCGGAUAAAUAAUCCCGGACAAAAAAUUCCCACAAAAAAUUCUUACAAAUAAUUCCCAUACAAAUAAUCCCCGGACAAAAAAUCCCGGACAAAUAAUCCCUGCAAAUUUUUUUUGGACAAAAUAUCCCCACAAAAAUUCCAGACAAAAAUUUCCCAAGAAAUAUUUGCUGCCAAAUCGUUCUAUGAAAGUUUUCCCGUGAAUGCAAUCGACUCAAAUGUUUUUCAGCCUCAGCGCAUGAGACUUAUAGCCAUCGCCAUGAAACCGAUUUCCGGCACGAAAAUAAUGAUCAGCAAUAAUUAAGAUCAAGCCUGAAUUGUAAUUUCGAAUUCCAAUUGCAUGCCGAAAACUUCAAAUUUUACGUGACAAAGGAAUGUGACUUUUUUCAAAAAUCGUGGAAGAUAUGAGGAAUGAGGUAAUAGCCCGGGAGGUAGUGUCAAAUUUGACCGGAGCAUUUUAGCAUGGCUGUUUUCUUUUUAUUUAGUUAAGUAUUCCGAAGCUUAUUAACAAAUGAUGUGUCAGCUGGCCCAAAACCGGGGAUUUUAGGCAAGAAAAGGUAAAAUAUGAAACUUGAUGGAAAAACGCUACAACUUAUAUGUCAAAUAUUUAUCUCCGUGACUUAUAUCUAUUAAUAGCGUAGAGUCAUAGCCACCUUUACUUUACAAGCCAUGAAGAGAAAAAGGCAACGUCGCAAUUGAUGACGUCCGUAGUCUGACUUUCGGACUACCGCUUUCGAAACUACGAUUUUAAAGUACAAAUUCUGGUAAAAUUUAUAGUAUUUUUUGAGUCGAACAAGAAAAUAUUAUUAAUUGGAAGUUUGUACAAAAUAAUAUUAAAAGUAAUUCCUUGUAAGUAACGUUUAUUAUACAAAAAAAAAAUCAAUAACAAGAAUAUAAACGGGAUUCAUUUUUUUCAAAUCCUAAGAAAACUAAUAAGUAUUUUUCAAAAAUUUAAACGCAGAGUGAAAGAUUACGUUAGGACCAAGGACCUAAAGUCCCUGAAAACUUCUAUGUUUAUUUUAAUAAGUUACAGGGGUAAAAAACUAAGAAAAUUUAGUGUGAUUUUUAGUUUCAAAUAUGUCAUUAAAAAAAACUUUUUAUUUAUUCUAAGGGAUUUUUGACCCUCGGUAAUAAAGUAAUCUUUUAUUCUGCGUUUAAAUUUUUCAAAAAUACUUAUUAGUUUUCUCAGAAUUCGAAAAAAAUGAUUACCUUUAAAAUACAGGCGUCAAAAUUUUUCAUUUUGUUCCUUUCCCCUUAAAGUUUGUCGCACUUAUUUAGAAACACCCUGAAUUGAUAAAGAACAAAUCUAGUUGUUAAACAUAAGCGAAUUAAUAAAAAAAAACAGAAUAUUAAGAAAACCGGAGUCUAUAGUUGGGUUUUAAUUUCAGUAUUUUUUAAAUGCCCGGUACACCAUAAAAAUUUAACUAUUUAGCAACAAUAUUAUUACAGCGGUAUUGUUAAAGAAUUAGGCUAUAACAUAUUAUAAAAAUCACUUAAAUCUGCCAACAGGUUUAGGAAAUAUGAGACAUUAAAAAUGACAAAAUUUUUAAGUGGACGGAUUUCUAUAUGCACGCAAGUUUAUAUAAAAAUAUAUUAUAUUGAACUAAAAUCAUCUUAAUAACAUACCUUUUAAUGUUCUUUAUAAUUUGGAGCACGAAAUAUUGUAAAAUAUUUCAGUUUCUCUGUAAAUAAAGUGAAAAUUAUUUAAAAACAAAUGAGAACUGUCAGAAUUAUUCGGUCUACCAAUAGAUGUUGCCAAGUUUCAACUUCAUGGCUUGUUAAGUAAAGGUGGCUAUUGUAGAGUACUUGGCUCCUAGCUUUCACUCAGGCGGCUCGGGUUCAAUUCCUGCCGUUGCACAUUUUUUUUUGUUUUUAAAAUUAACAUUUUAUUUUGAAAAAUAAUUAUUUUUAAAAUACCACGUUUUUAUUAUUUAUACUAGACAAUAAAAAAAAUGUCUGUAUGUCUUCAUAGAAUCGUAAACUAUGCAUUUGAUCAUAUUAUGAUUGACCUUAAUAAACAAAAAACAAAUUUGUUGUACCCCUGAAGGUUCCCGAAAUGGUACGACCAAUCUAAGUGAAAAGGGGGGUGCCCCCCCCGACAUUAUUUUUGAAGUUAUACUUCUUUAGGCGCGAUUGAGAGUAAAAUUUCAUAAUACACACAGACAGUAUGGCGUUUAGUUGCUGAAUGUUUCAAGUUAUGUAUAAAUAUAUCAGUGCAAGAAAAAGUGUGAAAAUAAUAUAUUAGUGUUUUUAGUAAAUAUAUUUAUUAUAAUUUUUGUGUCUUUGGAUUUGUCUUCCUCAGGAGUAAGAUGAGUAUUAUUAAAACAUUUUAUUUUAUAUUUAUUAUACUUCACCUUGUCUGUUUGUUACCGUGAAUUGUCGUUAGGUACGUCCGAACCAUUAAAGACACAGUCCUCGUAGCGUAUUUGGUAUAGCAUUCGGCCAGAGAUCGAGAGGUCUUGAGUUCGAAUCCGGAGCAAUCCUAUACUUUUUUUUUAUUAUUUUUUUUGAAAGCAGAAACAAAAUUAGUUUGGUAUUUAAAAAAAAAAUUAAAACAAAGUAUAUUUUUGUUUUUAAGAAAUCAUAUAAUAGAAGUAUAACUUCUUACGUGCGUACAAAGUACACACACAUUCUUUUUUUAUUUUUUGGGACAAACUGUUUUUAAUCUUUGCCAAACUAGUUCAAGAAUAUUUUUUUAUUACAUGUUAACUAGUUGACCCGAUAAACUUCGUACCGCCUCAGAACUAAAUAAUGUUUAAAAGUUAAAUACCUAUCUAAAAAUUACCAGAAAGCCAAAAAAUACUCAAAAAUAUUGAGUAUACUUUUUUCUAAUAAACAAUAUUGUUUUUGUGGUGUCUGCCGUCUGCGUAAAUAAUGAUUACUUAGGUUGGUCGUAUUAACUCAGAAACCUUCCCGGGUUCAUGUACAACAACUUUGCUUGUGGUCAUCAUAUGAUUAAACGCAUAGUUUACGAUUCUAUAAGGGACAUACAGACAAACAUUCAUUUUUAUAUAUAUAGAGAACAGGGAAAUAUUUAGAUUGCUAUUAAAAAAUGGGGGUUGGUGAUAGAAAAGUGAAAAAUUAGAGUUGUAUGUAUCUUUUGGUUCUACACCAUAUAAAAUUAAGAAAAAACAGUUUGUCAAAAAAAAAAUAAAAAAAAUGUCGGAGGGGGUAAGGAGGGCAACCCCUUUUUUCACUUAGAUUGGUCGUACUAACUCAGGAAGCUUCAGGGGUUCAUGUACAACAACUUUGCUUAUUAAGGUCAAUAAUAAUAUUUUUAUGAUCAAAUGCAUAGUUUACGAUUCUAUAAAAGACAUACCUACAGACUUUUUAUAUUGUGUCGUAUAAAUAAUAAAAUCGUGGUAUUAUAACGUAAAAUGACAUAAUAAAAUCGUGAUAUAAAAUCGAGAUAAUUUUUUGACAUAUAAAUUGUAGCGUUUUUCCAUCAAGUUUUAUAUUUUACCUUUUCUUGAUUAAAUUCCCCGGUUUUGGGCCAGCUGACACAUCAUUUGUUAAUAAGCUUCGGAAUACAUAACUAAAUAAAAAGAAAGCAGCCAUGCUAAAAUGCUCCGGUCAAAUUUGACACUACCUCCCGGGCUAUAAGGCUGUGGGAAUCAUGUUGUAAUUAUUCAUUAUCAAAUUUAUCCCUAAAUCAAACCGGACAUAGCUGCUCAGGGAGAGGCCAGAUGGGAGAAGGUCUGUAGGACGGCCUAGCAAAAGGUGGAAAGAGGCAGUCAGAGAAGAUCUAGAGAAAAUGGGAGUGAGACAAUGGGAAAUAGUGGUGCAGGACCGACAAACAUGGAAGGCAAUAGUAAACGCGGCAAAGACUCUCGAAGAGUUAUAACGUCAUUGAUGAUGAUGAUGACUAAAUAUUUUUGACGUUAAAUUUACAAAACGGAAGAGGUUUUUUUGCAUUACAAUCAAGAUUAUCGUUUUCAGGACUAGUAGUUAUCAUCACAAAUAGGCAUUGUUUUGAAGAUAGUUCUUCAAAACAGAGUGAGCAAAAGAUUUACGCGAAUAAUUACAGCAUGAUUCCUUGCACAUUCCCCAUAUCUUCCAAUGCCUUGGCACAUUCCACGAUUUUUGAAAAAAUUCCCACUUUUUUGUCAUGUAAAAUUUGAAGUUUUCGGCAUGGAAUUGGAACUCGAAAUUACAAUUCAUGCUUAAUCUUAAUUGCUAAUCAUUAUUUGCGUGACGAAAACAGGUUUCAUGGCGAUUGGAAAACUUUUAGAGAACUACUCGGCAGCAAAUAUUUCUUAGGGAUAUUUUGUCCAAAAAAACUUAUGAGGAUUAUUUGUCCGAAAUUUUUUGUCCAGGGAUAAUUUGUGGGGAUUUUUUGUCCAGUAUUAUUUGUCUGAACCCCGAUUACUGACUUAAGGCAGCGUUGUUGUAUAUUUUGUUUUAAAAAUGUACUUCAUUUUAAAGGGUAAUUUAGUAUUCAUUGGAAAUUAAACAUUUAUUUAUUUUUAUAUCGUCAAGGUUUCAUUUAAUGUUAUGUAUUUUUAAGACUACGGAGUAGAUGUUAUAAUGUUUUUUUUUGUUAUUUUUAAUUUGGAAAUAUAUAUCCUUAAAUAAAAA